CUAAAUUCAGCUUAGUUUUACAACUUUGCUGGUAAAAAAUUGUCAAUUGUACAUGUGAUGCAUUAUGUGUUUGUAUCAAUUGAAUCUAGUUGGCGGACUAGUUUGCCGAAAGCAUGGCUCCUGUCUCCGUUAAAGAUGUAGAUGGACACAUUUACGUCAAAGCCUUGGCGCAGUUUCUGAAGAAAACCGGUAAGGUAAGGCUACCUGAUUGGACGGACGUGGUGAAACUAUCAUCAGCCAACCAGUUAGCACCAUAUAACCCUGACUGGUUUUAUAUUCGAUGUGCCGCUAUCCUUCGGCAUUUAUACAUCAGGCCCACUGGCUUGACAGGCUUAAGCAAAGCAUUCUCUAGAAAGAAGCGAAAUGGCGUCAAACCAUCCCAUCGUUCCCUGGCACAUUGCUCAGUUAUAAGGAAAGCCAUUCAACAAAUGGAGGCACUCGGAAUGUGUCAGAAACGUGAAAAUGGGUAAGCUGAAAUUUUAUCAUACAUGUGAUCUUCAAAUGAAAUAAACCAUCGUCAGGUUAGAGGAAUAAAUAAACACCUGUCCAAUUUAUUCAACUGGCAUUAAGGGUAUUGAACAGUAUGUCGUCCUAAUUGCUUCUGUUGCUGUAUGUGCGGUAGCACUGGUCAUGUAAAAUUUUAAGCAUAGCAGACCCAGUGACACAUUUAAAAAAAUGGCGCUGACUAGAUUGUACCCGUAGUAGUCUUGAUAACAUACUCAUCUUCUGCAUUUGUGUAGGCGUUUAUCUUUUAACACUGCAAGAACGCGAUGUGAAAACAGGCAAUUUUUAUGUACUAGAAAAGCGUGGUCUUGAUGAACUCGGUUAUAUUGAAUAGGCAAUUUUCAAUUAGGUUGUCGACUUGCAAGAUUUUAAAUCCACGAGCCUGUCGAAUUAACUACUGCGUAAUCUGCUCUGGUAAAAUGAGUACUUUCUGUAAGUUGAUAUGCUUUUGUGCGUCUUGUUUUUUCAAUUGAUUAAACACUGAUUGAUUAACAUUUAACAUUAGGAAUAACUCUUCAAACACUUUAAUUUCAGCGGGAGAUCUCUUACAUCGACUGGAAGGCGCGAUUUGGACCGCCUGGCAUAUCAAAUUCUUAAGGAGCGUCAUUAAUCCAUGAAAUAUAAUGUUAUGGUUUA